GAUAUAAUCACCCGGUCAUUUCCAUCUUUUUAACUUUUGCCAUUAAAGUCUCGCUCUUUUUUCCUUAAAACCUUCAAUCUAUUUUUUUUUUUUCUAGUUUCAAGCAACUAAAAUGGCUGAUGAAGCGUUAGUGAAGAACAAGCAAGUGGUUCUCAAGAACUAUGUGAAUGCCGGUUUGCCCAAAGAAUCAGAUAUGGAAAUUAAAGAAAAAAGCAUUCAAUUGAAAGUUCCAGAAGGGACUAAAGAUGCAAUUUUAGUGAAAAAUCUCUACUUAUCUUGCGAUCCUUACAUGAGGAAUCGUAUGAAGAAGCUCGAAGAUUCGUAUGUGCCGUCUUUUGAGCCCAGAUUGCCUAUAUCCGGUUACGGAGUGGCCAAAGUCGUGGAUUCGACUCAUCCGGAAUACAAAAACGGCGAUCUCGUGUGGGGGACGACCGGUUGGGAAGAGUAUUCUCUCUUAAGGGCGCCUGGUCUUUUGUUCAAAAUUCAACACACAGAUUUGCCUCUCACCUACUAUACUGGACUUCUUGGUAUGGCUGGUAUGACUGCUUAUACUGGUUUUUACGAAAUCUGCACCCCGAAGAAAGGGGAAUAUGUCUAUGUAUCGGCUGCAUCCGGAGCAGUUGGUCAGCUUGUCGGGCAAUUUGCGAAAUUGUUAGGCUGUUAUGUCGUCGGAAGUGCCGGAAGCAAAGAGAAAAUUGAUCUGCUGAAGAAUAAGUUCGGGUUCGAUGAGGCGUUCAACUACAAGGAAGAGCCGGACUUGGAUGCUGCUUUAAAAAGGUACUUCCCAGAAGGCAUCGAUAUUUACUUUGAAAACGUUGGGGGAAAGAUGCUCGAUGCAGUGCUGCUCAACAUGAGAGUCCAUGGUCGUAUCGCUGUAUGCGGAAUGAUCUCACAGUACAACAACGACAAACCCGAAGCAACGCACAACUUGAUGUACAUCAUUCCGAAACGGGUCCGGAUGCAAGGGUUUAUCGUCAGUGAUUUCUAUCACUUGUAUCCCAAGUAUCUAGAAAUGGUUAUACCUAGCAUCAAAGAAGGGAAGAUAACGUACAUUGAAGACGUAGCCGAAGGUAUUGAGAGUGCUCCAACAGCUCUCAUUGGCCUCUUCAUUGGUCGCAAUGUCGGGAAACAGUUAGUCGUGGUCUCCCGUGAUUGACGCACUUAUACGGAAAAUAACACCGGUAUAAUUCGUGCAUGUGUGUUGUGUUUGAUUUCAAUGUAUUUUGUAUUUAUGUUCGGAUAUGCGUUGGACAUGUGCGUUUAAACAAAAGAGUCUAUUUGGGGUUUUUCAUACAAAUAAUAUAAAAAAGUUAUUACGAAAA